AUGGCAUCCAGCAUCGAUUCGCCAGUGGAUCUCCGAUCCCUCGAAACCGUGUCUGAGUAUGACGGACACCUGAUGUGUCCCAUCUGCCAUUGCCCGUUCGUGAACCCGGUCCAGCUGAACUGCGAUCAUAUAUUCUGCCAGGCAUGUUUGGACACCUGUAUCCGGACUUCGAACCCUCUUGUGCGCCACCGAACCCUCCCCGAUAACUUCCUCUGUCCAACUUGUCGACUGCUUACGAAUUCUACGUUCAAACGUGCACCUCGGCUAGUCGUGGCUAUGUGUGAUGACAUACUUGUGAAGUGCCCAUAUACGCCCCAGGGAUGCAAGGAGGUUAUCCAGCGUGGUUAUGUACAGUCGCACGUGGAUAAGUACUGCGCCUACAAACUCAUCGAGUGCUUAGAUGAGGCCUGUGACAAGAUGAUUCGAGUGAAAGAUAUGCCUUCAGAUAACCAUUGCGUGCACCAGCUGCAGGAGUGUGACGGAUGUGGGGAAUCAGUUAUGGAACUGGAGUUUGAUAAACACAAGGCCGCAUUAUGUUCGGCAACAGAAAUGACUUGCUCGACAUGUGGUGCGACUCUAUGUCGACGGGAAUAUGCGGACCACAUCAAGGACUGCUCUACGAGUGCUUGCCAGGCAGCCGCUUAUGGGUGCCCUGUCACAUUACACAUCUCCGAAAUUGAAGAGCACGAGAAAGGCUGCCCGCUGGUUACACUUGGACCAUACCUCGAGAACCAGUCUUCGCGCAUCGCCUCAAUGGAGACCACAAUCAGGCAGCUUCAGCAACGAAACGAAGUACUUGAAGAAGGCAUUGCGAGCAUCCGCUCUUCACUACAGACUAGCCGCCCGUCAUCUGCGCUGGGCACCGCCAGUUCAUCCCAAAUGGCCGUCGAGGACAUACCAUCGACGGAUCUUGCAGAGUUGUUGACUGAAACAACGGCACAACCGGAACCUUCGACGGCUGGUAAUACAAACACAACCACUUACCUCCUUUCCAUUCACGAGUCCCUUCGCGAAGAAGUGAGCGAACUCACACACGCUCUCUCGGACCUGGAUGCGCGCGCCAACAUGACCAUAAUGAACGAGAAUCUCCGCCUCCGAGAAGACAUGGCGCAUAUUAGCGCCGGCCUCAACACCGUCAGAAUGCAAGUACACAUGCUGAUCAAUUCGUUCCUACACCAAGGCCAGCGACCAAUGGGUACUCGCCCGGCACCAACUGUUGGCAACAACAGCGUCGAAGGUUUAAACUCCCCUGGCCCAUCCAGCUCUGUUAACCCAAGGAUGAACUCGGAGACUCUUUUGAGCACGAGGAGGCAGAGUGACAGCCGAGAAAGCACCAAGCUGUGA